AUGUCAACAAGAGCUGAAUGUAGGAAACCUUUAGAAAUGAAAUUUAAGGAAACUCAACAAGGUGAACGGUCAUUUAAAUGUCCAGAAUGUGGGAAAUCAUUUAUUACAAAAACAAAUCUUGUUGAACAUCAGAGAAUUCACAUAGGAGAGAAACCCUAUUCAUACUCAGAAUGUGAGAAGAGUUUUAGUCUUAAAAUAAAUCUUGCACGUCAUCAGAAAAUUCACACAGGAGAGAAGCCAUUUUCAUGUACAGAAUGUGAAAAGUGUUUUAGUCAGAAGUCAUUUCUUGUUCAACAUGAGAGAAUUCACACAGGAGAGAAGCCGUUUUCAUGUACAGAAUGUGAGAAGUGUUUUAGUAACAAGUCACAUCUUGUUCUACAUCAGAGAUUUCACACAGAAGAGAAGCCGUUUUCAUGUACAGAAUGUGGGAAAUCAUUUAUUGCAAAAAGAAAUCUUGUUGAACAUCACAAAAUUCACACAGGAAUUAAACCGUAUUCAUGCUCAGAAUGUGAGAAGAGUUUUAAUCUUAAAACAAAACUUGCACGUCAUCAGAAAAUUCACACAGGAGAGAAGCCGUUUUCAUGUACAGAAUGUGAGAAGUGUUUUAGUCAGAAAUCACAUCUUGAUGCACAUCUGAGAAUUCACACAGGAGAGAAGCCAUUUUUAUGCUCAGAAUGUGAUAGUUGUUUUAGUCAGAAAUCACAUCUUGAUGCACAUCUGAGAAUUCACACAGGAGAGAAGACAUUUUUAUGCUCAGAAUGUGAUAGUUGUUUUAGUCGGAAAUCACAUCUUGUUGUACAUCAGAAAACUCACACAGGAGAGAAGCCAUUUACAUGUACAGAUUGUGGGAAAGGAUUUACUCAAAAAUCAAGUCUUUUAAAACAUUUAAAAAUUCACACGAGGAAGUAA